AAAGAUCAUCAAGUCAAAAAGCGAAAAGUCAAAAUUCAUACAAAAUGAACUGUUCUUAUUGGUGAAGAAUAACAGUGUACUGCACUUAUACCAUACCAGCACUAGUUUUUAAGAAAGCGUUGAGUUACCUGGAGUUGGAGAAGCUCUGUGUUUCACUCGGCAUACUCUGCAACUUCGAAUAUUAGCUUUCAUGGCCAAACCGGUUUCCAUUGAGGUGUGGAACCCAAAUGGGAAAUACAGAGUUGUUAGCACAAAACCCAUGCCUGGAACGCGCUGGAUAAAUCUGUUAAUUGAGCAAGAUUGUCGAGUCGAAAUAUGCACAGAAAAGAAAACUAUACUCUCCGUGGAAGAUAUCAUUGCUCUGAUCGGCAACAAGUGCGACGGAGUGAUUGGACAGUUGACAGAAGACUGGGGAGAGGCUCUGUUUUCAGCAUUGAGAAGAGCAGGAGGGACAGCUUUCAGUAACAUGGCGGUUGGUUACAACAACGUUGAUGUCAAUGCUGCUAACAAGUAUGGUGUUGCUGUUGGAAACACUCCUGGAGUGCUUACAGAGACCACUGCAGAGCUGGCAGCUUCACUUUCUUUAUCAGCUGCUAGAAGAAUAGUUGAAGCAGAUGAGUUCAUGAGGGCAGGCCUAUAUGAUGGGUGGCUUCCUAAUCUGUUUGUGGGAAACCUGCUUAAAGGACAGACUGUUGGGGUGAUUGGAGCUGGUCGCAUUGGAUCUGCUUAUGCCAGAAUGAUGGUUGAAGGAUUCAAGAUGAACCUAAUUUACUAUGAUCUUUACCAGGCCACACGCCUAGAAAAGUUUGUGACAGCUUAUGCUGAGUUCCUAAAGGCCAGCGGUGAAAAGCCUGUAACUUGGAAAAGAGCAGCCUCCAUGGAAGAGGUGCUCCACGAGGCAGACGUGAUUAGUCUUCACCCAGUCUUGGACAAAACCACUUAUCAUCUUGUUAACAAAGAAAGACUAGCAAUCAUGAAGAAGGAAGCAAUCCUUGUAAACUGCAGUAGGGGACCGGUUGUUGAUGAAGUAGCUCUUGUGGAACAUUUGAGAGAGAAUCCUAUGUUUAGGGUUGGUCUUGAUGUCUUUGAGGAUGAGCCCUUCAUGAAACCUGGGCUUGCUGACAUGAAGAAUGCAAUUGUGGUACCUCACAUUGCUUCGGCUUCCAAGUGGACACGUGAAGGAAUGGCAACACUGGCUGCUCUGAAUGUACUGGGAAAGAUUAAAGGAUAUCCAAUUUGGUCCGAUUCAAAUAGGGUAGAACCAUUCCUCAAUCCGAAUGUGCCACCUCCAGCUGCAUCUCCAAGCAUUGUCAAUUCCAAGGCCUUGGGUUUACCUGUUUCAAAGCUGUAAGUAUGGAUCAUUGCUGAUCGCAUAAGGGUCUUCUGGUGCAAAUUGUCUAAUUUCUUUUAAAGGUUGGAGCAUGGCUGCCUCUUGAGAGAUCAUUUCAGAUCAUGUCAGUAUGAAGAGAGGUGGAUAAUGUAUAUCUAUUUCACUAUCUUAUAUAACAGACUUUUAAAGACUGUCUAUGACUGCCUAUGCAAUGGCUUAAACUU